UAUUGGUGUUCGAGGGUGCGGUGUGCCGGCAGGGGAGUGCGGCGGCUGGUCUGGAUGGUUCGAGGUGGAUGACAUUUGACGGCACUGUUGGCGGGCGGCCGAGGUGAGCGUCUGGUGCCGAGGUGAUGGGGUCAUGCGGAAGAUGCCGCCACACCGCCCUGCUCUUCCCGCAAGCACCGCCGACCACUUCCUGAGGUGAGGUGUCAGAGAAGUCGCAACAUGGUCCACAUUGUUGCCUGACGGUGACUCAGGCGGCUGGCAGCUGCGGCACCGGUGGUUUGGUGGCGUGCAGAACGGGUGCGUGGCGCCCCCUGGCUACCCUCGCGCUCCCUGGUGCCGGCGUGGCCCACUCAGGACGUGGCACUCAUCUAGCUGAGGGCUGGUGGGCGGUGGUGUGCGCGCGUGAGGUUCCUCGGCUGUGGUGGCAGCACUCAGGGACACAGUGCGGACAGCAGCGGCUCUGAACCCGCGUCUCUCUUGCAGCUCCGCUUCUGUCCUCCGCCACCGCCAUGGAUAAUUACACUCCUACCAGAGUGAAUCGCUACUGGAAGCGUCCCAAGCCUCGGGUGUACGAAUGUAACGUGAGGGACGCCGAGCGUUUUUACCAGGACUCCUACAAGCAGUACCUCUCGGAGAAGGAGGAGGCAGCGCGGCGGGCCGGCCGGGCCCGGUCCAUGGAUGUCGCUAGGGGCGCCACCGAGUUCUACCCUCACCUGCUGGCCGGUUCCUUCAAGCGGGAGGCGCGGGACGAUGUGAUCCGUCAACUCAACCUUCCGCCCCUUCCCCCCGCCCUCGAGGAGGCCACCAGGAGCAAGUGGGAGCCAGACCACCGCGUGCCCGAGACAAGCUUCACGGCGAAGCAGGAGGGCCUGGCUGACUUUGACCCGCGGGACACAGCCAGCAUCGAGGAGCGCUACCAGAAACUCAGGAAGCUGCGGGAGGAGCUCAACCUUCCCGCUGAGGGUGCCGAGUCCUCUGCCUUGAACUCCCUGCGAAGCGGAUCGCUAGGUGUCGGCGCGGGAGGCGCGGCAGGAUAUGGCGCCGAGAAGGACUCCUACAUGUCUGAGCGAACCACGCGAACUGUGGCGGCCUCAGGUGGUCCUGAGGAAGCCUCCUCAUACAGCUUCAGGUCCGCCAAGAUGAACGGCAAUGCGGGAGGCGGUGCGGAAGGCUACAGGUACAAGACGGAGAGCAGCAGCACGAGCGAUUAUAAGCGUGGUGGUGACCAGGGCACGAGCGAGUACAAGUUUAGGUCUGAGCGAGGAGCGGCAGGUGACCAGAACUCUCUGGAGUACAAGCCGAGGUCUGAGCGGGCCGCGGCGGGUGAACAGAGCAGCACUUACGAGUACAGAUCCAGGCUGAACCGAGGAGGCGACGGUGACCAGAAAACUUAUGAAUACAAGACGAGGUCUGAGCGGGGCGGAGGUGACCAGAACACUUAUGAAUACAAGACUAGGUCUGAGAGGGGCGGAGGUGACCAGAACUCUUAUGAAUACAAAUACAAGUCUGAGCGUAGCGCAGACCAGAAUUCCUAUGAAUACAAGCCGCGGUCUGAGCGUGGCGCGGACUCCGGCAGCGACUACAAGUCUCGAUUCGAGCUGAAGUCGGAUGACUACAAGCCUAAGGCGGUGGACUUCGACCUGCCCAAGACUGACCGCAAGAAGGACGACUACUCCUUCUCGUCCUCGACUGACAAAAAGACAGACAGGUUCUCGAGUCUGUCCUCCAGCACCGCCUCCGCCUCGAAGGAGAAGUCCCUGGCCUCCUCCAGCAAGGUGGACGACAAGGAGCUGGACGACGACAACGUGUCUGACAUGAUGAAGAAGCUUCCGUCCUCGCAGGAAAUUCUCGAGAGAAUCAGCAAAAUGGAGCUUGACGAUUGACUGCAGAACAUGAUUGACACCAAACUUUGAUGAGGUGCAGCGGCAAGGGAACAUCGGCCAGGAUGGGUCACGCAGGACGCCCGCGCACGCACGGGCCUCCCCACAAAGGAACCUUGAGGCAAAACUGUCAAAUCAUAUCGGAACCCUCACAUACUUGGACUAUUUUCAUCGCUCUCCCCUUAGUAGCAAGUUCACGUCGCCUCCACGCGCCAGACACUCCGGAGACGCAAAAAAAGGCUCAUCUGACCCGCGAGUCUGGCAGCACCUGUGAUCACGUUCCCGAAUUAGCAGCAAGAUGAACAAAACAGACUGGCCAAGCUUACUCUUCAGCGGGAAAUGUUAACCUGUGAACGAGCAGGCGGCUCAGUCGACGCCUCUCAAAGUUUAGUGCCAAUUAUGAGGAGAAAGUCACUUCCUCUCAGUGUCUCCCCUCCUCGUACCCCCCUCCUUGUAGUGCCAAACCCCACCCCCUCUGUGCCCCCACUCUCUCCCCCAACGUCUCCCCCUACUCCCACCUUUCGUCUAUUCCAAAACAGUGAUAACUUCUGCUGACAUUUAUUUGUGAAGACACUUUUUUUACACGCAGUAACUCUUUUUGUAAUAAGUGACGGACGCUUGUAAGUGUUUACUACGAAGAGGAAAUGUUAACUGUUUAAGUGAGUGGUGUUUAUGGGAACUUUUAAGUAAGGAAUCUCAACCAUGCUGGCGGUGGGCGAGGAGAAUGAGACCCCCUCCCAAACCCCUCCCCUUUUACCCUCCCCAAGGCGGGCAACGCGAGGACAACAGAGUCCCUGCAAAGACCUGAAGGAAACUGAAACAUGAAUGUGUGUGUGUGUGUGUGUGUGUGUGUCUGUGUGCGUGCGUGCGUGUGUGUGUUGCAGCCAUGGCAUCUCCCAACGUGUGCAUUGUGGGUAUGCACUUCGAGCGCCCCGGAGCCCCCAGGGUGUACUCAAGAAACGCCACCGUUUGGUCUGAGUACGAGCUGGCGAGGAAGGAGAAGUACUUUUCCCCGUCCAGCCCGGCCUACAAUCCCCCGAUGGACGAAGUGGAGGUGCCCUACAUCCCAGAGAAGCCCCUCACCCAGCGCCUCUUGGGACUCUCCGCGUUGCACAUCUCAAAAGUCCGACGAAUCAUUUAAGUUCCUUCAACCCCGCCCCGUCGCCCCUUCCCUCGCCUCCUGCCGGUGACGUGC